CCCACGAAGAGGAAGAAACUAGGGUUUAAUACUAGUGAUCUUCUUUUACUCCGUUACCCUUCUUUUUUGCUCCAGUUAUGCAAUUUUGGCCGUCCAUUACAAAUGCAAAGGAAGACCUGAACAGUAAACAGAUAACCAUGCUUUUUAUAUUCCUACUCAAGUAAGCCUAGCCCGGCCCUCCAAUUCGAAAUUCCCUUCAGAGAAGCAGUACCCACCGCUCUCAAUUUGAUUUCCCGCAUGCCCGUGAUGGGAAAGCUAGGCAAAAGGAGGGAGUCGGAUCGCCGCUGCGACGACGAAGAAGAACAACUUGCUCUGACUCCGAGCCAGCCAAGCAAGAGGCAGAAGAAACUACUCAUCAGUACCAACGAUCUCCUGAUUCUUCCCACCAAACUCUGUAACUGGCUCCGCCACAAAUUCGUCCGCCCUCUUCACUUCACGCCCCCUUCUCCAUUCCCAGCUCCUUCUUCUUCUUCCUCCUCGGAUUUGAUUCCUUUCGGCCACAACAGCAGCAAUAGCAGUGGCGCAUCUGGACCCGGAUUGAGCAAAUACGACGUCUUCAUCAGCUUUAGAGGAGCCGAUGUCCGGAACUCCUUCCUCAGCCACCUCUACUAUCACCUCCACAAUUUGCAGAAAUUGGCGGUCUACAAAGACGAUGUGGAUCUGGAGAGAGGGGAGCAGAUCUCGCCGUCGCUCUUGCUGGCAAUCCAGAGAUCCGACGUCUAUAUUGUGGUUCUCUCCCCCAAAUACACCGAUUCGCCCUGGUGCUUGGAGGAGCUCGAGGAGAUUCUCCACUGUAUGAAGCUGCACGGACGGAGGGUUAUACCGGUUUUCUACGGCGUCGACCCUUCUGAGGUCGAAAACCAGAAGUUGCCCUCUGCUACUGCUUGGAGAAUUCGAAGCUGGAGAGCUGCAUUGAGUGAGGUAGCCAACCUCUCCGGAUUCGAUUCUCAGGUCAUCAGACCUGAGACUAAACUCAUCGAGGAGAUCGUCAAGGCUGUAUUCCAGUCAAUACACUACAGCUGCAGCCAGAUGGUAAAAUUUCCAGCAUAUUCAGCUAGCAGAGGUUUGGUCGGAGUAGAGAGGCAGAUAGAGCAAUUACAAGCCUUGUUGUGCUCCGAUGGGAGGAGUAAUUGGACGAUAGGACUGUGGGGGAUGGGUGGCAUUGGGAAGACUGCUCUUGCUAAGGCUUUCUUCGACCUAUUCUCUUGUCGUUUCGAAGCUUCCUACUUCUUCAGCAAUUUUACCGACACCAUCUCUGGAGGGUCGUCUCUACAGCCAUUUGGUAAUCUGCAAAGUCACUUGUUUUCGAAGCUGUUGGGCGAUGGGAAUGGCAGAGCUGGUGGUGGAGCAGUAUCCUAUGGUAUGGCGCUUCACCGCCUCAGUCGUAUGAAGUCAUUGGUCGUGAUUGAUGAUGUAGGUGACGAUGUGGGCAAGAUUGGACCACUGAAGGAUAUGUUAAAUGGACAGUACUGCAAUUUAUUUGGUCCAGGGAGUGUAAUCAUCAUGACUGGAAGGAACAAACAACUUCUUAAGAAUGUUUGUGAUCAUGUAUAUGAAGUCAAGGGUCUGGUCGGUAAAGAAGCCUCUAAACUUUUCUGCUUGCAUGCCUUCAGAGGGGAAAGUGCCCAAAUUGAGCAUCUGGAUAUGGUCGAGAGAGCAAUACGCUAUGUUGAUGGGAAUCCGUUAGCAAUCACCAUUUUGGGAGCACACUUAUUCGGCCGGGACCUCCAGUUUUGGGAUCGUGAGUUAGGUGCCUUGGAAGACAAUCCAAACUCAGUGGUUCAGAAUGUUUUGAGAAGGAGUUAUGAUGGAUUGAGUCGAGCAGAGAAAGAUAUAUUCCUUGAUCUUGCAUGCUUUUUUCCGUAUUGGAGACAUCUCAAACUAGUGUACAUUGAGGAAAUAAUGGGUUUAGAAGGUGGGAGAGUGAACCUCAUAACUAACCUUGUGGAUAAGUCUCUUAUAAGCAUUAAUGUUGAUGAGGGCUACAUAGAAAUGAAUAGUCUGCUACGAGACCUUGGUCGCUACAUCGUAGAUGAAGAAUGGCAAAUUGAAAAACGUUCGAGGUUGUGGAGAUCUCAAGAUCUUUAUUAUCUAUUCCGAGAGAACAAGGGGACCGAAUCCACCGAAGGUAUUCUUUUAUUAGACAACCAGGGAUACAAGGAACAUAUCUUACUCUUGCAACCUGACACUUUUUUGAGGAUGAAGAGACUGCGAUUCCUUAUUAUUCGUAAUCAAGCGAGCAGUCUAGUUUUGCCGAAGGAUGGUUUGAAUUGUCUACCAAACACUUUGAGAAUUCUUGAGUGGUAUUCUUUUACUUCUAAAUGUUUGCCAUCUCAAUUUUCUGCUGAAAAUCUUAUCACGCUUGAUAUGGCAAAUAGUCAGAUUGAACAACUUUGGGAAGGCGAUGAACUUGACGCGGAUUUAAGUAAUUUGAAAUUCCUUAAUCUUCACGGAUCGGAAAGUCUAAGAAAGUUGCCUGAUCUCUCCACGGCUAAAAAACUAAAACAAAUUGAUCUUCCUUUCUGUACGAGCUUAGUGGAGCUGCCCUCCUCAAUUUUGUAUCUCCCCAAGCUGGAGUUCCUCAAUUUGUGGAGUUGCAGCAGACUAAAGUUGGAGAACUUGGAAGACUAUGCAAACAGCAACCCAGGACAAAGUACAGGUCAUCAUGACAUUUUACCCAGCCUGAGAAACUUGGACCUAAGCUACACACCAAUCCAGAAGGUUCCAAAUUUUAUCACCCGUCUGCAUAUUUUGGAACUCCAAUGCUGGGAGUGCACUGAGUUGUCUGAGUUUCCAGUCAUCCCAAGCCUGGAGAGCUUCACCUUGACUUGUAGUUUGAUCAAAGAGGUGGUUGAGUUGGAAAAGUUGACAGAGCUGAAGUUCCUCCGUUUUUCGGACAACGAGCAACUUGUUCUCGUCUCUGGUGACUUGUCUAAAUUGAAAUCUCUGGAAGAGAUUCACCUUGAUGAUUGUAGCAAGCUGUCCAGCCUUCCCGAAAGCUCUGGUAUUCUAACGCAUAUGGAAAGUCCCAUAAGAUUGUUUAAGUUAAGCCUCCAGCGUUGCAAGAGUCUAGCAAGACUUCCUGACAGCAUUGGUAAUCUAAUGAAUUUGGGAAGUCUUGAUCUACGUUGCACAGCUGUGAAAGAGCUGCCAUCCUCCGUUGUAAAUAUCAUACGACUAUCUGAAUUGAUCCUCCAGGAGUGUAAGAGCCUAGCAUGCCUCCCUGACACCAUCCACAAACUCACCAAUUUGAAUACACUCGAUCUGUUUGGUUGUGUUCAACUAAGGAAUUUGCCAGAGCUUCCUCCAUCUUUGAAAAAAUUGGAUGCACAUGGUUGCAAGUCACUUCAAACCCUGUCAAUUGGCACUGUCGAGAAACAUGACUUCUCGAAUAUUUAUUGGUGCUUUAGCCAGUGCUGGAAGUUGGAUCCAGUAGUGUACAAUAAGCUUGUGGACAAGUUCACACAGGAUUCUGUUCGAAACUAUUACCGCUCGAGCCUCUUACUCCCUGCAAAAUGGGGUGGUGAAAGUGGUGAUGAAGAAGGUCACAAAAAGGGACCUAGUAGUGGUAAUAAUAACACAACAGUGACAGCAAAGCUGCGUGGACAUCCAUGGAAGUUGAAGGCAAUAGUUUUCUGUGUGGUGCUCAACUCCCCUGAUCCCCUUAAUAAGGACGACUGUUUCCUUGUUGAGUGCAUGAUGUUCAACAAUAAGGACAAUGCUGGGGCUAAAGUUGUGAGCGAAUGCUGCUGGAAACAUAUCCGAGAAUAUGACGAUGAUGAUCAGGAGGAGCGCCUCUUGAAUGGUCACUUCUUAAUAUGGUAUUUUGGCGGGACCUGUGAGACACUCGAUUUGAUUAAGAAUUGUCUGGUUAUUCCAGUUUACGAUGACAGAGUAGUCACAAACGAAGAGGAAAAGGAUGAUGAUGACGAAUCUCCAAAUGGCCUCCUGGGAUUAUAUGAUCAGUUGUGUGCUCACCCACCAGCGGUGAAGUGCUUUACAGAGGAUACAUGAAACUACAUGUGAAAUACAAGCUGCAUCGACAUUCGGAAAGAGAUGCUUGGUUCUUCCUGGGCAUGUCUGCUUGAGAGGAAGGUUUGAUGCUUAGCAGCAGAAGAAUCGCAGAUCCUUGCCAUUGGGAGCCACGGAUGUGCUGAUGUUCAAGUCUCAAGUCACGACCUCAUACGACCAAGCUGAUUAAGUCUCAAGUCAUGAAACAAUCUACUUCUCAUCACCUAAUAAUCUCGAGAAGAAGUUGUUUUGCGGAUUUUCAAACAAAUGCGGCGAGUAACUUGGUUGAUCUGCAAAGUUGGGGAGGAAAUAGCAAGUUUCGAAUUGACAGGAGAACCGAUCAAAAUAUAGCUUUGGCAAGGGUAAUCUUUCCAAUACCACCCAUUCCCCACAGUCCUAUUGCCCUAUUAUCUCCUGCAUCUAAAGACAACAACCACUCCAUAUCUUGCAUCUUUGCCUCUAGUCCAACCAAACCCCUAUCCAAAUAGGAAAUCGGCAUCAUUAUCUGGCAGCCAUCUGCAAAACUGGAUCACUGAGAGAAACCAUUUUUAAGUUAUUAUUGUAGACACUUUACUGGCCGCUGCACAUCUGAUCAUAUAAUCCCCGGAGGUUGACUGGAUACUGAUCUUCUUCCUCCUCUUCAUAUGUCACUACUCUGUCCUCGUACACAGGAAUAACCCGACAAUUCUUGAUCAAGAUGGAUGUUUCUGUCCCCUCUUCUUUACUAGAGUAUCUGCCGUGAAAAGAGAACUCAAUGGUAGCACCAUCUGCACGGACAGCUUUUUCAGCCACACGUUGUACUGUUCUCACCGUAUCGGUGUACCUAUCAGCGGACCAUAGUAAAAGGUGAUCGUUAGAGAGAAGCUCCUCGUCCUCGUCUUCUUCCUCAUCUUUAUUAUUUCCUCGGAGUAACCAAGAGAUAGUGCUCGUUUUCAUUUCGAGGGUAACCUUAUCAUCAUCAUUAUUGAUCAAGAAACAGUUCAUGUACGAGUUCUGGAGCUUACGAAGGGGCAGGGUAUUCAGUAGGAUGCAAAAGAAUAGGGACUUCAACUUCCAUGGUUGUCCAUGCAACUUUGCUGUUGCCCUAGACUUAUAAGAAGAUCCCAUUAUGCUUCCUUCUUCGCUACUACUAUUCGAUACCCAUUUUGCCGGCACUAAAAGGUGAGAAGAUUUGGGGCAUCGAACCAGAUCCUGGGUAAACUGCAUCAAUCAAUUUGUAUAAACCAAAAUUAUGAGUAAAAAAAAUUUAUGAUCACCAUGAUUGUAGCUAGUUUCGUCAUUUGAGAAAAGAUGGAGACAUACCUUAUCCACCAUCUUACUGCAUGCUACUGGAUCCAACUCCCAGCACCAGCCAAAGCACCAGCGAGUAUAUUCCGGGACCGACAAUGUCAUCAUUUGUGCCUCAGCAGUAUCAGUUGACAUGGUUUUAAGCGACUUGCAGCCAUGUGCAUCCAAAUCUUUCAAGGAUGAUGGGAGCAUUGGUAAAUGGCACAGCUGAUAGCAAUGAUCCAGUUUGAGUAUGUUUAAGUUGGAUAGCUUGUGGAUGGUGUCAGGGAGGCAUACUAGACUCUUGCAGCCGGUGAGGAGCAAUUCCGACAGUAAUGUGAGAUCUCCAAUGGACGAUGGAAGCUCCUCCAAUGCUGUGCGACUCAGAUCAAGAUUUGUCAAAUGCAAUAGAUUACCAAUGCUACGAGGAAGGCGGGACAACUUGGUACAACUUUCCAGGGCGAUCAUCUCCAGAGAAUUCGACUUAGGGAAGUCACCAGAGAUGAGAAUUAUAAGAUGCUUGUUCUGCGAAAGGUUGAGGUGCUUCAACUUGGUCAGCUUUUCCAACUCCACCACCUCGUCAAUCAGACUAUAAGUCAGGUCUAAUCUUUCCAGGCUUGGGAUUGCUGCAAAUUCUGUCAACUCUGUGCAAUCGGCGCAGUCCAGUGUCAGAACCGGCGAGUGGGUAAUAAAACUAGGGACCUUUUGAAUUGGAGUGAUGGCUAGGUUCACAAAUUUCAGGCUGGGUAAGAUGCCUGAAGGGUGGCUACUCUGUUCUGGACUGCAGUUUACAUAAUCUUCCAAGUUGUCCCAUUUUAGGCUGAUACACUCACUCACAUGGAGGGUUUCCAACAGGGGAAGAUCCAAAACUGAGGUGGGGAGCUCCUCUAAGCUCACACAUCCAGAGAGAUGCAUACUCUCGAGUCUCUUUGCUGUAGAGAGAUCAGGCAACUUUCUUAGGCUCUUGGAUCCCUUAAGAUUAAGGGUUUUCAAAUUCCCAAGAUCCUGCAGGUUUGUUGUUGAAAUGUGAAGUUAAUUCCAGAGCUUACUACAACAAUCUACAAAUUAAAAACAAACAAAUAAGUGACACAAAACGGUUUAUUGAGA